GGCGACUUUCUAAAAGGCAAGAAAAUGAGCAAAGUUGAACAAUAAACACAAUUUAAAGUAGGCAUAGUACCCGGAUUGGAAGUGUAUGGCAAAACGUAGGCCGUUCACUUGCCCAUCGCUCUUUCCCAUUGCGGCAUUAAAUUACAAGAGUGGCCCAGUCAGUCGGACAGGUGAGCAGGUGAUCAGGUGAGCUCUGCGACGCGUACAGCUGAUAGAUGUUGGAUUUGGUUUGCAAAGUCUGCAAAGCCCGGUAACAAGCGAUACCGAUAUACCGAUCCACCUGACGGCGGAUGGCCAACAUUAUUUAGUUUUUAUUUUCGCACUUUUUGCAUAAAUUAAAUACAAGUCGAACGCGCGCGCGCGGGCCUCAAUGUCGGCGAUAGCUGGCGGCGAGUUUAGUUAACGUCUUUGCGCGCAGCGGUUCGGUUCGGUACGGUUUCUGGGUAUGGCGUCGCUCUGAAAGGCAAACACAAACAGCGUAACGCAAAUAUUAAUAACAAAUACGAUAUCAAAGCUCUUUUACAAUGUGUGAAGAUUUACCCAGAUCUUUGUUGCUGCCGCUGCUGUUGCAGUCGCUAUUGUUGUUGCCCGCCGCGUUGACUGCCGCGCCGGGCAGAGAAAGCGUUGUCGGGCAGCAGCCGGCGCCGCAGCGUGUCCAUUAUCCGGCUGGUGUGGAUUUCUUUGAGCAUGAGUUCAGCAGCCUGGCGGCAGACGAGUUUGAUCCGUUCGGGCCGGAUAUCGGGGAUGAUGAUCUGGGCAUUGACGAUCCGGAGACCAUGCCGCGCUUGUUCCAGGGCGACAUUGCCAUCGAUCCCUAUACGUACAUUACGCUGCGUCUGGGCGUGAAUCCCAUGCGACAUCCGAAACGCUUGUGGCCCAACGGCACCAUACCCUUUGCGAUUAGCCCGCGCUACGAGAGCAGGGAGCGACAAUCUAUUAUGCAUGCUUUGUGGACAUUCAAUUCGCUCACCUGCAUCCGGUUUUUGCCAUACGAUGGCUAUGUGGAGGAUUAUCUGCUGAUUGAGCCGCCCGAGGAGGGGCCGCAGGGCUGCUGGUCGUAUGUGGGCAAGCGGGGCGGGGAGCAGGUCGUCGCCCUGCAGCGGCCCGACGAGACGAGCGCCCACUGCUUCAGCAGCGAGGGACGCAUCAUGCACGAGCUAAUGCAUGCGAUUGGCAUCUACCAUGAGCAAUCGCGCGCGGAUCGGGACAACUUUGUGAAGAUCCACUGGGACAAUAUUGUGCCGCGUUUCCGUAAGAAUUUCAAGCUCGUCUCGCGCAAGCGGGGCAAAUACGCCUUCGACUACGAUUACAACUCGGUGAUGCAUUACGGCGAGUACUAUUUUAGCAAAAAGAAGGGUCAAAAGCCAACGAUGACGCCGCUGCAGCCGGGCGUCCGAAUUGGCCAGAGGAAGACGAUCAGCCAAAUUGAUUGCCUCAAGAUAAACGAUUUGUACGGCUGUCUGAAUGGUCGGCGUGCCAAAAUGUAUAGGGCGUUUUGUAGUUUAUUAGGUUUGUAGUUGUUGCACUAAUUGUAUUUUUAUUUGAAUCACAUUGAUUUGCUAAUUUAAUAAAUUAUACACAUUGCGAAAUUGCACGCGUUUUUACUGUUUUUAAAUAACUGUAAAGUUGCCACUGCAGAGCGUUGCCACAUUCACAAAUGGCAUUGCGUCAACUUAAUUCCACACGAAAGCCAGCAGGUGGCGCUAUACGCGUUUGAGUAGCGCAAAGUGUCGAGCGACUGGCUCAAUUUUCAAAUAAUUUUGUUAUUCAAUGCUUAUGUAACAAAAUA